UGGAAAUCGGGUGAAUGAAGCAUGAAGCUGCUUCAAGGGGCAAGUUCUAGCCUAAGGCCUUACUUGGAUGUCUAUGGAACCCGGCAGCGUCUACAAGGGGUCACACACUCAGACACGGGCAACCAAACCCUGUCAGGCAGAUUAUUUAUGAUAUUUAUUAUUUAUGGCAUUGCAGAGACUGUUUUACCACUGCUGCUAUUCAUGGAACCGCAGUGAUGUUUAGAAAGCAGAAGGCAAGUUUAAAUCAAGUAGCCAAAUAUCAGUGUCACUGUAUGGAGUUUGACUUACAUAUCACCCAACAACCCUUUGAGACAUUAGACAGAUCUCAAAAUACAGCCCUACUAGUAUUAGUGAUGAUUUUGUAGUGUCAUAUAAAGGAUAAAUGGUUCUUUUUUUAUUCUCCAGAGGCAGGAUGGAAGAAGCAGAACUCUUAAAGGAGCGCCUUCAAGCUAUUACGAAUAAGAAAAAAAUCCAAGAAGAAAUUGCCCACAAACGGCUUGAGAUUGACAGAGAGAAACUAAAGCUUCAACAUGUCAAGAAAAGAUCCAUGAGAGAUCUGUGGCUCAUGGAAGGGGUGAACAGCAGUAAUGCACAGGAAACACAAAAAGCUCUUGAAGAUGCACAACAAACUAAGCACCUCAAGAGCACCAUACAUCGGAUAGAGAAAGAGAUUGAAGCGUUGGAGAGAGAGGAAAUGAACAUCUCAACAAAUGAGGGGCUGAUUCUAAAGAGGCUCAAAGCCAUUGAAAAGUCUCCAGAGGACAUCAUUAAGGCAGUGAAUGCAGAUUUCACAUCAGAACCGAUCUAUAUUCAUUCAACAAUUCCAAACAUGCGAAAGCCCAGCAUGACCCUAAUAAAUCAGAGGAAGAAACAAGACCUGGAAACUGAAGCAAAAACCGACCAAGCCAAACCUGCUUUGUUCGCCAUGGAAAUUAACGUCCAGAAGGACUUGCGCACAGGUGAAAGCCAAGUCCUCUCCACCUCCACCAUUUCUCCCCAAGAGCUCCAGCAGAAAGGCAUCAAAGUCUAUGACGAUGGCCGGAAGUCCGUCUACGCCCUGCGUACAGAUGGCCACCAGCCUGGUGCGAACGGAGUGGAUGAACUCAGUCCCGUUGAGGUCGAGCUGCUGCUGAGACAGGCGUCUGAGAAAAAGAAGAGAUCCAAUCAGGUUCCCUACAACCUCUCCCCUGAGGCCAGUAAAAUCAGAGAGCGCCACGAAUCCAACGGAUACCAAGAUCCAUAUAGCGUCGACUUAUCAGCAUGGCCUGAGCUUGUGUACAAUGAUGGUGUGUGCUAUCCAGAGAACGUGGGUCAUGGACUUCCUCUCCUGCCAAUGCCUAAUUACAGUGACAGACCAGACGAAUACUAUCAAAACAGAGGGGAAAGGCACACGCAUGGACAGUAUAACAACCAAAGAGAGAACCACCAGGGAAUGCGACUUUUGGAUUGUGACAUCAGAAACCACAGCCCGUGUUCGGCCUACUCCGAGGACUCCAAACUCAGCGUCCUGAACGCCAUGCCAUCGGAUGAGCCCGUCACCAUGAUCUUCAUGGGAUACCAGAAUGCCGAAGAUGACAGCCAGAGCUAUGAGGGCUCGAUUCGGGCAGAGCUGGUGAUCAUUGGAGACGGUGACGAUGAAGCGAGCAAGAGCUUGAACCCCCAUCAAAACUCCAAUGCCUUUAUCUGCUCUGCGGGACGGAAGGGCAAAAGAGACGGCACGGAGGACCCGUCCACUACAGGUACCCCAAAGAUUAAAAAGGUCAAAAGGAGACACACACCCUGCUGUGUGUUGAUGUAGUUUCACUAACACGCUAUCAGCUCUUCUGUGAUGCAGCUUCUCACCAGACUGGCUUCUCUCGCUCUGCAUGCUGGACACUGCUGUCUUACGUUGUGGUUUUCAGUUUUUCAGUGUCUUAACAAACUGCUUUCUAUCAUUCAUGUUGGCAUUUGCUUAUGUUGUCUGACGAUGUGUGUAGAAACACAUUGUUGUAUAUGUGUAGCUUUAGAGCAGGGGUCUUCAAGUGGCGGUACUGCAAUUAUCAUUUAAUCUCAAAUCGAUUUUUGUUGGGAAAAAAACAGUAUUAAGUUAACUAAAAAACACUGCUCAAGUUCAUCUACUGUUCAAAUGUUUGG